CCUCUGAGGUGGCGGGAGAAGUGGAGAACGAUAGGAAAGUGAGGUAGAUUCUGCCAUCUGCGCCUGUUUGGCGGGUUAUGCUAGAGGCGAGCUCAUAAACCAAAACCCUGCUGAAGGUGAAAGGUGGGGUAGGCUGCCCUCAACGUGACUUCUCCAACUUUUGGAUGCGGUAAUAGGAGGGGAAGUGUUGGUGGAGAAGUCAUGUCUUUGUCAGCUGAGCUGAGCUGCCUGCAGAGCAGCCAUGGAGCAGAACGCGAGGCGGCGUUUGCAACGCUGGAAAAACAGCUGAUGUGUCCCAUCUGUCUGGAGAUCUUCAACAAGCCGGUGGUCAUCCUGCCCUGCCAGCACAACCUGUGCAGAAAGUGUGCAAACGAGCUCUACCAGCCAUCUCUGUUCCAGGCUCGGACCACCAUGCUGGUCAACAGCGGCCGUUUCCGUUGUCCAUCUUGCAGACAUGAAGUGGUGUUGGAUCGCCACGGUGUCUACGGUCUUCAAAGAAACCUGCUGGUAGAGAACAUCAUAGACAUCUACAAACAGGAACUUAACAGUGCACCAAGCCCUCUCCCACCUCCUCCUCCUCCUACUACUACUACUCAGACUCCAACAUGCUCCGACCAUGAGGGUGAAAAGCUGAACAUCUACUGUGUCACCUGUCAGGUUCCUACAUGUUCUCUGUGCAAAGUGUUUGGGGCUCAUCAGUCCUGUCAGGUGGCUCCUCUGGCAGACAUCUACCAGCAACAGAAGGACAAGCUGAGUGAAGGCGUCACUUCUCUGGUGGCAUUCAGUGACAGAAUCCAGUCUAUCAUCAGUGAGCUGGAGGAAACUUGUAGAAACAUAGAGGAGAACUGUAAGACUCAGAAACAGGGAGUCUGUGACAAGUUCAACCACCUGUUUUCCAUCCUGGAGGACAGACAACAGGUGAUGAAACAGAGGAUUAGCUGUGAGGAGGAAGAGAAGACGACCCACACUCAGCUGCUCACACGAAACUAUGGGGAUAGCAUCGAGGCCAACAACAAGCUGAUGGAGAGCGCACUGAGCAGCAUGGAGGAGCCGGACAUGGCCGCUUUCAUUCAGAAUUCAACAGAGUUGAUCACAAAAGUUGUAACAGCAACCACCUCCUUUCCGUCUGAGACGCUGAAACCAGGUUAUGAGAAUCUGAGCAACUAUAGAAUUAAUUUCAAUGAACAGCAGAGAGCUCUAGAAAGCAUAGACUUCAUUAAAGUUUUGGAAGAAGUUCCUGAAGAACCAGAGGUGGAUCCAGAACCAGCAGAACCCAAAGAACUGGAAUCAGAACAAAAUCAAGAAAGCACAGUCCAGAACCUGGAGGCAUUUGUAGAGCCAGAUAAAAGGCCUGAACCAGAACUAAUGUCUCCACCAGUAGAACCAAUUCAGCUAGCAGUACAAGAAACAGCCUCAACUCCACCGGCACCUGACCUGGUGAGGGACUCUGUGGCUGCUGGGGAACUUAUGCUGCUAGAGGCUGAUGAGCCGGACUUCAAUGAUGUAGGACCGGGUCAGAUUCAGGUGGAGAGGAAGGAGAAAAGAGAAGAUACUCAAAAAGAGGACGAGGCAUGUGCUGCUCCCCAUCCUGUUAUAGAGGAAAACAUCUGCGAAGACCAGGAGGGAAUGAGCACACAGCAGGCUGUCACUCUGCUUUUCUACCUGUUGGCCUUCCUUAUCAUCCUGCAGAGGGUUUGGGAUUAUAUUGGUUGUUUUAUUUGCACAUAACACCAGGAGGAGAAGUACAGAUCAUCCCUGCAGCAGAUCUCAGGAUGGGAGAUGAAACUGGGAGUCCAGUCACUCCUUUUCCUCCCUCAUCUUCAGCGAGACUCCUCAUCAACCCAGUUUCUGCUUUUCUGGGUCGGAGUCCUCGGCCCUUCAUAAAGGGUUGAAGAAAGAAAAAGAUUUUACUUUAUAGAUGAUGGAACUCUCCAGAUAAACACAGGUGGCAGUGAAAUGUUCGCUGUAGCCUCAUUUACAGACGUUCCUUUAUCAGUCUUUAUUUCUAAAUCACUUUUUAUACAAAUCAUGCAACACAACACAGAGACAGAAACACACAAAGGGCUUUACAUGGUCAGUGUUAUAACAAAAAAGCCCUCUUUACCCAUCCAAACCCUCCCAUACACACAUGUACAAAGAAUUCUGCCUGCAGUAUUGGGGAAAGUAAAACACUGGAAGUUUAAAUAAAAUAAAAUAAAAUUAAAUUAAAUUAAAUUAAAUUAAAUUAAAUUAAAUUAAAUUAAAUUAAAUUAAAUUAAAUUAAAUUAAAUUAAAUUAAAUUAAAUUAAAUUACACACUAAUAAAAUAGUAUGGUAAGCCUGAAUUUACUUACAAUUACAUAAAAUCAAAAUAAAUACAAGAGAAAAUCAGAAAUAACACACUAAAAAUUUAAAUGUUGGUUUUCUUUUAAAAAUAUCUAUGAGCAUAAAACUCAGGACUAAAACCUUAAAGAGCUUUAAAAAUGAAUAAAAGUGGUUUUUAAAUCAGUUCAGAAGCACCCAGGAAGCCAAUGCAAAGAUUUUAAACCUGGACUAAUAUGAGAUCUCGUUCUGGUUUAUAGCUGUGGUGGAUUAUUUGUCUUUUUUAGGAAGGAGUGUUACACUAAUCUAUUCUACAGGCGAACAGUUUGGAUCCAUAUCUCUGCAACUGUUUCAUUCUGGAAACAUGAAAUUUUAUUUAAAAUUUAAUUUAAAUCAAAGAUAUUAGUCUAAACACUGAGUUAAAAACAAAAAAACAAGAAGUCUUAUUUGAAGUCUGUUAGUAUGUUUACAACAUGGCUGUAGGUGAAAGUGGGCGGAGUUUGGAUGUUAUAUAUCUCUAUUUAUAUCAUCUCAGACAGUCAAAUCAGACCAUUUAAGCCUUAAAUGUUCACACUGAGAUAAAUGGUUCUCUGCAUUUCUUCUUUUGGACUAUAAUAAGAAGCUUGAAUAUUUUCAAUGAAUGACUGAGAUAACUGUUACUAUGGUAACAAGAGUGAAACUUGAAACAGUGAUGGGAUGUGGCAUUGAAUAACUAAACCAAGUCAGAAUGGCUCAGGCAGAUUUAUUUCCACAAAUAUUUAAUAAUAUUCAAGAAAAUGUUCCACUAAAUGGUGGAAUAUGCAGUUAAAGGGUUAAAAUAAUGUGUAGUUUAGGUUUUUAAUAUGUUCAGUGUUUUUGAUUUGAAGUAUUUUUGCCACAUACCACUUCAUCUUACACAGAAAAAAGUUUAAAAAACACACAUUAGAUGUUAAUUGUUUUUGGUUUAUAGACAAUUUCUUCCUAAACAAUAUGAGCCUCGACAUUUUUCUUGCUUCAGUGGAUUUCUGUAGUAAUAAAAAGAAACGGUGGUGAAAACAUGUCUGAUUGGGUCGAUGUAACAUGUUAAAAAUAAAUAAAUAAUCAUCUUAAUGUAGGAAAACAGUGUUUAAGUCAUUUCUGUAAAUGAGGCUUCAGACUGGAAACAGCUGGUGAUUGAUUGAUUUUCCUUAUUGCUUCCUGAAGAUCGCGUUUACUUCAGAACCGCUUUGCUGAAUUUAUUUCCAAUUAUAUAAAUAUAGAAGAAAAACACAGUCAACAAAAUUUACAGGGAAAUUAAAGAUAAGGAAAUAUAGAAAAUA